UCUACAUCGUCGCAUCACUCACACCAUGGCAGCAGCAGGCAGACUGGCAGGCAAGAUCGCCGUGAUCACCGGCAGCAGCAGCGGCAUCGGCCGCGCGACCGUCGACGCGUUCGUCAAGCACGGCGCCAAGGUCGUCGCGGUGGACGUCAACCUGCCCACUGGGCCUGGUGCCGCGCCGUUCCCGAAGCACAAUGUCGAGUUCCUGCGGGGCAGCGUGACCCAGGACGACAUCUGGCGCCGCGCCUUCUCGACCGCCAAGGCAAACUACGGGUCCAGCCCCAACGUGCUCAUCAACGCCGCAGGCGUGCUGCCGACUGGCAGCGUGCUCGACCUCACGGAUGAGGACCUGGACCGCGUGCUGGCCGUGAACCUCAAGGCGCCUUUGCACGGCAUGCAGAAGUUCAUCAGGGCGCUACUGGACGAGAAGCGUACCGGUGCGAUCGUGAACGUCACGAGUAUCGCGGGCGAGCGUGUCUUCCCCCACACGCCGGCGUACGACGUCUCCAAGGCCGCCCUGUCGCACCUCACGCGCGCGACCGCCGCCGAGGUGGGCGACAAGGGGAUCCGCGUGAACGCUGUGGCUCCGGGUGUCACGCGGACGGGCAUGACGCGCGACUCGCUCAACGCCGAAGCGCUCGCUCGCCUCGCACCUCACACAGCGCUGGGGCGCGUUGGUGAGCCGGAGGAGAUUGCCAACGCAAUCGUCUACCUCGCUUCCGACGAAGCGUCGUACGUCACGGGCCAUGUGCUCGUCAACGACGGCGGGUACAUUAUUCAGUAGGGGGCUAUGUAUGCAUCGGGUG